CCGUUAGCUUCCAGAAAAUAGUUUAUUCUCUACAAAGUCUUGGAAUCUUCAAUCGCUUUAAACGACUGCGAGAAAUGAGUAUUCAAGGUACGAUGCGACUAGCAAAGAAACAGAUAGAGUAGUUUUUAUAACCAAUUCUAGUUCUUAGCUCAUCACGUGUAUUUUAAUCAUCAUUGUAGUCUCAAAAUGGACGAAGUUUUUUGCGAAUGCCGGCAUACCAAGCGGACCAGCACAAAAGUAAGUGUACUUCCCAGAAGUUUUGUUAGACAGGAAAUGACGAGGUUAUUUUUUUGAAACCUCUCUUUGUAAAUGACAAGUUCCUGGUGUGACUUUUGAUUACGUCGUAGUUAUUCUCCUAGACUGAAAUCCGGUCGUAAUCAAGUUGUGAGUCAGGUAGACAUGGAAUAAGCUUUCUAUUGUCUCGAUCUCGAUGUGUAAACAAUAUUGUUGAGCUGUAAACCAUUGGCAAAGCUCACUGUUAAAUUUGCGUUGAAAACAUUUGUAAAUAAGCAGAGGGCCGUCAGCCCUCUUUUUUGGUUGUGUGAACGAAAAUGAACCUCAAAAUGGUAUCUAAACACUCAUACUGGCCUGUCAAUCAAAUGUUAACCUCAAAGGGUAAUUACUCUCAAAUCAAAUUAUUCUAAGCUAGUUUUGAAUUUCCCUUACUUUAUCUCAAGGUUAUGCACAAUUUUUUGUGAUAAAUUGUCCCAAAGUGGAAUACAAAUCAUUUUGUCAUUGAAUUCAAUGCAAAAUACAAACUGACAUUUCCUAUGUCUUUCAAAAAUAUGCCAUGACAAAUUUUUACAUUUUAUGAAUUAUUUUACAACUCAAAAAUAUUUUUGUGUAUCUUUUUUGUAAGGGGUUUUUUUAAGAGCAAAUGUGAGCAUCUUUUUCCUAACUUUCUCACUCUGCUAUCCAAUGUGUGAUUAGGACAGAAUUUCUCCUUACAAUAUCAAUACAAUAUCAAAACAAUUUCAAGCAGACAAGUGAGGAGAAUAAAGAAAAUAUCGAUUAGGGGAUUAUUAGUUGAUCCAAUACCAAAUCUUCCAAACUAAUAUUACAAGAUUUGUAUAACAGACAGUAAUGAGAAUUACUAAUACGAUCUUGGGAGUGGAAGGGUUAAUGACUUGACUACAUCUUAUGAUUGGUAAACUCUGUCCAGCCAAAGCUGAAGGCAAACAAAAAUUACUAUUUCAUCCCAGUACACUUGUGAUAUCUGUUAAUAGACCUCUGCUGAUAUUUUCUGUUUCACAAUUCUUUUCCAUAGCUAUGCUGUGAUAUUUUAUGAUCACAGAAUACAAGAGGAUAUGCUGUCAGAUUUGACAAAGGUUAGAAUAUGUUGGUUUAAUAUAAAAAAAAUAAAAAAAUAAAAACAUUGCCCACGGUUUUAAAAUCAACAUAACAGAGUUUUCUUUGGUCAAUGUUAUCUCUUAGUCAUUACUGUUUAAAUAUACAUGUAGGAUUACCCUGCACAGCAAAUACUUUGAUAUGUUAUCAUUACUCAGUCACAUAAUUUCUUGGUUUUCCAGGAAAUUUUAAGAGACAUGGGAAUCACAGUGAUGGGUGAUAUCAUUGCUAUUCUGAGACAUGGUAAAGAAGUUCAUGCUCAGGUAUGAAUUUUUAUUUUUAAUGGUUUAACUCUUUUUACUCUCAGAGGUGAUUAACAUGCAAUCUCCCCUUCUAAUAUCCAUACAUUAUCCAGCAAAUUGUUAAUGAGAAUACUCAAACCUAUCAAGUAGAAGUUGUCAUCUUGAUCUAAUACCAAAUUCUUGUAACUAACAUACAUGGAAAUGUGUAUCAACUAGAGGGGAGAAUUAACAAUCUGAUCUUGAGAGUUAAAGGUUAUAGUAAAGUUUUAAUGGUUUGCUUGAAUGGAUAAAGUGUCCAUUCAGUCCCCCAUUCAUUCUAAAUAUAUUUUUUGUAUCCGUUUGGGUUUUACAGUAAUGGGAACUGCCCUUUUAUUUAUUUCCUUGGCUGUCUUUGUGGCUGUUUUUGUUUGUAUUGGUUUCAUAAACAGUUUUCAUCAUUAAAUACCACCCAAAAUUUUACAGAAUUAUGAAUUUAAAGUAUUUUGCUCUCCUUCUUUUUGAUCCCCACUCAGCUUCUUAACAAAUGUAAUUAAAGAAGUGCACUGAGUCAUUUGUUUAUUUGCAGACUGAGCGAGAGAAGUCAGCAAAAGAAUUGGCUGUCAUAGACUCAUCUGAGUCUUCUUCUCCUGGAAAUCAAACUGCCAUUGGUGUAAAACGCAAGUCAACAGGUACAACACAGCUAGGAACAGCAUAUAAAUUAAGUGUAGUGGAUGCUAACUUUUGACUUUUGAAUAGCCUGCUUUUAGCCCAAAGGAAACAGCAAAAACUGCUUUUGGUGAGAUAGGAAAACAUUAAAAUGGAAAGGAGAAAAUUAAAGGAAUCAGUGCAUUCUUUGAUUAAGAUGAUUAAACCGCUGGAAACAACAAAUGUAAAAUUUUAAGCUUAAUUUUCCAUAGUAGAACAAUUAUAACUUUCACUCCCUUGAUCAGAAUUCUAAUUCUUCCAUCUAGUUACCUUACCUUUCCUUUUUGCCUGGUCAUGAGAAUUUGAAGUUGUAUCAUAAAAUAUCCCAAUCAUGUUAACAAUCUCGUAUAUCUCACUGCCUGUCUGCUUGACAGUGUUUUGAAAUUGUAGGGAGAAUGUAUUAAAUGAUCAGUUAUUGGUAAAGAAGGGUUAACCCUUUGCAUCUCAAUAUUGGUAUGCAUAUUCUCCUUACUGUUUUCUUUACAUUUCCUUUGGUACUGACAAGGAGAACUUAUGGACAAAUAAGCUUGUUAACUUGGUGAUCAAUUUCUUUAUUCUUAUUACCUUAACAUAUGAUUCUGUAGUAAUAUUGUGGGGAGAAAUGGCAUGUUGAUGAUUAGAGGGAUGAUUAAUAUGAAUUUAAAGUCUGGGAAUUCUCUUUUUUUUAUUUUAUCCUUGCAUAACAUUACUGUUAUCUCGUUUUUUGGCUUGUUAAUUUGUAACAUUUGUGACAAAAGAGGUUAAACUUUGAACUAAAGAUAAAAUUGAACCACAUCAUGUUUUGUUGUUGUUGUUCUUGUUGUUGUUGUGUACAUGUAGCUGCAAGUCGAAUGGUAGAUCAUUGGAUAAACAAUCAGAAGGCACAAAGUGGCACCAGUAGUCCUGUACGUGAUCCACAACCAUCACCGUCUCAAUCACCAGCACCACCAAAGAAAAAUCUCAAAAUUGAAGCAGCCAUGUCACAGGAGAAACCUCAGGCAACUGGUGGCCAGAAAACUUUAUCAGAAAGGUAUGCAUCAUAUUUUCCAUGAUUUCCGAAAACCAACAAAAACUUAGGGCAAUCGUAAUGCUGUGUCUCACUACAGUUUAGAAACACUUUGAACUGAUAUACUUGUGUUGCCGACUUAAUGGCGCAGAACCGUGAUGUUGGAAAAAAGUUAGUUAUAUCGUACUUUGUUUGUUCACUUUUUCCUCAGACCUUACAUUUUUGCUGUCAAAGUUUUUUCCUGCAUGUAGUGCAUAAGUAUCUAAAAAACCUGGAAUAGUUGUCAUUGAAAAUUCUUAACAAUGAGUAGCAAGAUAUGGAUGUGAGAAUUUUUCCUCCAAAUUUUAAUUUGAAAUUUAAGUUUUCCGAGCUCAAAGGAUUUCAUGUUUUUGGAGAAGAUCCCAUUCUUGACUAGCCUAUACCAAGCUCUGAAUGAAAGCGAGAGGAAACGGAGGGUGGGCAAACUAAUAAAAUUUAAUUGAAAAACCUUACCGCCCUUACAACGACAUCCUCUACCGCUUUUUGCCGCCUGCCCGUUCUUUCACUCGUCUCCAUUCACUGAGAGCUUGGCGGAGGCAAAUGUUUGUUGACAAGUGAUAACGUCACAAGUGGAACAACUGCCUCAUUUCAUAUUUGAUGUCUUGUGGUGUUCAAGUCAAGUAAUUGGUUUAAAAUAAAGCUGAUUUUAGACCUUGUUUUGUUGGCCCAGGUUCGGUGGUCGCGGAGUCAAAGUCCAUGUCACAAGUAAACCUAAAACAGCGGCAGUAAAUCCACCCAAAGUUGAAGAUGAACACACAUUAAAGGUUAAGCUGCCUCAGGGAUCCACUGAGCGGAGUAAGAAGCUUAUUUCGAAGCAGAAACAAGCUGCAGCUUCGGCCGCAGGUAAACUUAAAUGAUUUUAAUCCUAAAAAAGAUAUUGAACGAGCGUGCAAGCAGGAAAACAUAUCACAUGUCUCCGGUACAAUUCGCACUCCAACUUAUUCCGCCGGAUUACCCCACGGAAUGUAUUACCAAUUGAGCUACAAACAGCUCGUGCACACAUCGGAUAACUAACGCACUACACUCUCGGGCACAUUUGUUGGGACACCUACUGACCCGACCCCCCCCCUCCUUGUCCCUCGCAAUGGUAGUCUGAAAGAUAGCGUAAGAACAUUGGCAAUUAACACUAUCGGCAGGGGGGGGGGGGAAUGGCCAAAGAACAUCAUAGACGUCUUUCUGGAGACGCGUUCCUACCAAUGAACGCGAGCUGGAGAGAGGUAUGCGAGGAGUUUAGCACUGCCAGACCUCCGGUAGACCUUUCCGAAAUGUCUUACCUCUUCCCGCGGGAAAGGAAACGCGUGUUCUGCAGCACUAAUUAUAAGAGCCUGUUUGGAAGAUAAUUUCGAAUUAUCGUGAGCAGCAUUUUGAACAACGGUAGCAUGUAAUUUAAUUCCUCGAUCGUUCCAUUGCAGUUAAUAAAGCCAAGGUGAUCAAGAGGCAGUCUGUAUUUGAUCGCUUGGGUAAAGAAAGUCCUCCUUUAGAGGUGGCCGUCAAGGAACCGGAGCAGAAGACUGAGGUUAAAGCCCUGAAACCCCUGAAAACAAGCAUCACAGUUCAGUUAAAGGUAUCAGAGCUACUUUGCUUUUUUACCAACAAACCGGCUCUCUCGCUUCGGAUUAUUGUAUCAAGUUUUAUUCAUCGAUUGAUCGCUAACUUGAGCAGAGACCUCGCGGAACAAAGAUAUUGUACUACCUGAUAGUUUGAAAACCAAAAUCUGAGGACAAGACUCGAGUACUCCUUCUCCCUUCUGUACAGAGAAUUAUUUUACAGGCAAUUUGAUUCUUGGUCAUUUGAAGUAACGCUGCGUGAAAAGAUUACGAAAUGGCGUUCACUUCUCUCGGACUUGACUGUUUCGUGUUCAAUUCUCUCCACGCUUAAAUUUCUUAUUCCUAAUAACAAUAUAGAACUGACCAAUCAUUUUUCAAGAUCAAUACUUCAAUAUUAUUCUCACAAAGAAAAAAAAAAGCCUCAUUUGACGCUGAUAAUGACUUCUGCCAAGGUUGUGGAAACGUCAGUCACUCCUACAGACAGCAGUCUUUUUCAGGAUGAAUUCCACUCGGACGAUCAGACUACUUGGUCAACUGUUGCUCUGGUUCGAACCAUUGCAUAUUAAAUACUUUUUAUCUUUUCUCUAAUUCAGGAAAAACCUCAGGGGUCUGUUUUCAGUCGUCUCGGUGGCCUGGCCUCACCCCCAGCCACAGCGACAGCAACGGUUCAAGCAGUAAAUCCUAGAAUUCGUCCCCCUUCCAACGACGACUACCCAGAAGAUAUAGACUACACGAGUCACAGUGUGUUGAAACCGGUUAAACGCAAAGGUGUUCCAGCCAAGCCAGUUAAACCUGUUAAACCGGUUAAAAGAUCCACGGGUCUCACUUCUGAUGAAGAUGCAGGAAAAUCCGUAUUUGCGCGUCUGGGCUCGAAAGUGUAAAUUGGGUUUGUCGAGGGUUUUUGAAAGCCGAGCGUUGAAAAUUUAAUACAUCAGUUCUUCGAGGAAAAAGAUGGGAAUUCAUGGAGAUGGUGCUCAGUGUAAGGAUGACCUUAAUUUUCGUAGCAAGUGACUCACAAUGAAGUAUUUUUAAGAAUGCUUUUAUAACAUUUGUAAAUUUUUAAUCCU